AUGCUUUUCCUUCUAUACUAUCUUUUUGAUACUUGUAAAAUCCCAGAUGCUUUCUAUAUCAACUGGCCUCCUCUCCGUGUCUGUUUCACAAUCUCUGUCCCCCUCUCUCUCCACUGUGUCUCUCUCACUCUCAAUCCCCCUCUCCCCUCUCUCUCUCUCCUCUCCGUGUCUGUUUCACAAUCUCUGUACCCCUCUCUCUCCACUGUGUCUGUCUUUCUCCCUCUCAAUCCCCCUCUCUCCCCUCUCUCUCCUUCUCUCCACCUCUCUCGCUCCCUCUCUCCCCCCUCUCUCUCUCUCCUCUCCGUGUCUGUUUCUCAAUCUCUGUCCCCCUCUCUCUCCACUGUGUCUCUCUACCUCUCAAUCCCCCCUCUCUCUCCUUCUCUCCUUCUCUCCACCUCUCUCGCUCCCCUCUCCCCUCCCUCUCUCCUCUCCGUGUCUGUUUCACAAUCUCUGUCCCCCUCUCUCUCCACUAUGUCUCUCUCCCUCUCAAUCCCCCUCUCCCUCUCUCUUCUUCUCUCCACCUCACUCGCUCCCUCUCUCUCUCUCUCUCCUCUCCGUGUCUGUUUCACAAUCUCUGUCCCCCUCUCUCUCCACUGUGUCUCUCUCCCUCUCAAUCACCCCUCUCUCUCUCUCCCUCUCCCUCCCUCCUUCUCUCUCUCCCCCUCUCUCUCUCCUCUCCGUGUCUGUUUCACAAUCUAUGUCCCCCUCUCUCUCCACUGUCUCUCUCUCCCUCUCAAUCACCCCUCUCUCUCCCUCCCUCUCUCUCACUCCCCCUCUCCCACUCCCACUCCCCUCUCUCUCUCUCUCUCUCUCUCUCUCUCUCUUGUCGCUUUGGGAUAG